CGGGCUUUGCCGGGCGCCGUCUGUCAGCGGCCGCCCGGCCUCCGGCGGGAGCCAAUCAGGGGGCGGCUGCCCGCACGUGGAGCCGAGGGGACUCAAGAGCGCCGCGGCCGCCGCUCACUCCCCCCGUGACGGGCGUCCCGGCGGCACCGGGCAGCGCCGCGGGGGCGUCCGCGCCGCCGCUCCCGCCCCGGCCCCACGGCUCGGCCCCGCUGCCGCCGCCAUGAGCGGCCCCUACCCGGAGGAGAGCUGCGCCGAGCGCCCCGAGUGCAAAAGUAAAUCGCCAACUUUGCUGUCCUCCUACUGCAUCGACAGCAUCCUGGGCCGGCGGAGCCCUUGCAAGGUGCGGCUGCUCGGUACCGCGCCCACCCUGCCCGCCAUCGCCGCCCGCCCCGACACCGACAAGGCCGCGCAAGGGUCCCCUAAGGGCAGUCCCCCCUUCGAGCCGGCCGAGCUGCACCUUCCCCCCAAACUGCGCCGGCUCUACGGGCCGGGCGGGGGCCGGCUGCUGCCGCCGCGGGCGGCGGGGCCGCGGGGGGACCGGCCUGAGGGGCGACCGGAGGGGGGCGCGGGCCCCGUGCCCGCCGCCGCCCCGUGGGACACGCUGAAGAUCAGCCAGGCGCCCCAGGUCAGCAUCAGCCGCAGCAAAAGCUACCGUGAAAACGCGCCCUUCGUGGCGCCGCCGCCCGCCCGGGACGAGCUGGGCAGCCCCGCCGCGCACGUCGAGGAACGGCCGGGCCCUGCCGCGCCGGCCGCGGAGGAGGAAGAGGAGGAAGAGGAUGAAGAGAUGCUGGAGGAGGAGGAGGACGAGGAGGAAGAGGAGCUGGAGGACGACGAGGAGGAGGAGCUGCUGGGCGAGGACGGCGGGGGGCUGCUGAAGGAUGCCCGCCGGGGCGCCACCGCGGCCCCCGGAGCGGAGGGCGGGGAACUGUCCCCCAAGGAGGAGCUGCUGCUGCACCCCGAGGACGGGGAGGGCAAGGACGGCGAGGAGAGCGUCUGCCUCUCGGCCGGCAGCGAUUCCGAGGAGGGGCUGCUCAAGAGGAAGCAGCGCCGCUAUCGUACCACCUUCACUAGCUACCAGCUGGAGGAGCUGGAGAGGGCCUUCCAGAAAACCCACUACCCCGACGUCUUCACCAGGGAGGAGCUGGCUAUGAGGCUCGAUCUGACAGAAGCCCGAGUGCAGGUAUGGUUCCAGAACCGUAGGGCUAAGUGGCGGAAGAGGGAAAAGGCUGGGGCUCAGACACACCCCCCAGGUUUGCCUUUCCCUGGUCCCCUGUCAGCAACUCACCCCCUCAGUCCAUACCUUGAUGCUAGUCCUUUCCCUCCUCAUCACCCAGCUCUAGACUCCGCCUGGACCGCCGCCGCCGCCGCGGCCGCCGCCUUCCCCAGCCUGCCGCCGCCGCCCCCCGGCUCCGCGGCGCUGCCCCCCGGCGGGACCCCGCUCGGCCUCGGCACCUUCCUGGGCGCGGCCGUGUUCCGGCACCCCGCCUUCAUCAGCCCCGCCUUCGGCAGGCUCUUUUCCACCAUGUCCCCCCUGGGCAGCGCCUCCAGCGCCGCGGCCCUGCUGCGGCAGCCGGCGCCGGCCGCCGAGGGCGCGGUAGGCUCGGCGGGGCUGGGGGACCCGGCCAGUGCCGCCGCCGACCGGCGGGCAUCCAGCAUCGCCGCCCUGCGGCUGAAGGCCAAGGAACACGCCGCCCAGCUCACCCAGCUCAACAUCCUCCCCGGCAACAGCACGGGGAAAGAGGUGUGCUAAGGCACGGCUGCCGGCC